GCACAGGGGUGUUUGAACAUGGCGGCGACACAGAGAGGCAGGCCCGAGCUGAGACGUUCCUCCGCCCUGCUCACUCCCCAGCUGCUCGUCCCCAGCAGGUUCUUCAGGUUCCACUGAAGGGAUCGGUCCUGUGGGCUGUCAGGAGCAGAGUGCAUGCUGGGACAAUCCGCUGCUGGUAAGAACUCGUCCUGCUGCCCUCAGUCCCCGAGCGUCUCGCCGGCCGUCGGCUCGAUGCCUCGAUGGCGAGCGUGCUCCACCCACUGCCUGCGCUGGUCCAGCCCGGUCCCUCAGGCGCUGGUCCUGUGCGUCCUGACCUUCUGCGUCCUCCUGCCUCUGUGCUGCCACCAGCUGCUCUACUCCUACUUCUUCAUGAAGUCCGUGUACUUGGACUCCAUGAGUGAGGACGUCCUGCAGGACAGCCUGGCCCGGGGUCAGGAUGCGCUGCGCUUCUGGCAGAGCGCUUCCGGCACAGCGGGGGGGUCUUCCAGGUCGCGCAGCCCCGCCCGGCAUCCCGAGCUGCUGGUCACCGUGGUGACCGUCAGGCGGAGGGAAGGGCGGGACUUCCACUACCUGCUCCAGGUGAUGCGGCAGCUGGGCGGCAUGGUGGGCGGCUGUGGCGAGCGGCGCUGUGCGGAGCUGCUGGUCUGUGACGUGGAAACCGGUCCCCAGGAGAACCAGGACGCCAAGCUGCUGGAGGAGCACUUCCGGGUGGUCCGGCGCUCGCCUCAGGAGCAGCAGGCGGCCCGGGACCCCGUCAACACCUUCGAGAGGGAGAAGAGGGACUACGUCUUCUGCGUCCGUAAGGGCUGGGAGCUGCUGAAGCCCCGGAACAUGGUGGUCCUCGAGGACGACGCGCUGCCCAGAGGAGAUUUCUUCGGAGUUGUGAAGAACCUUCUGUCUCGUCGCUUCUCCCUUCAGACGCUCUACAUCAAGCUCUAUCACCCGGAGAGGCUGCAGCGCUACUGGAACCCGGAGCCCUACCGCAUCCUGGAGUGGGUGGGGCUCGGGCUGGUGGCAGCAACAGCUCUGCUCCUCAGCUUGGCCUACUGGAACCCCUUCUCUCUCUCCUUCACCCUGUCGGCGGGCCACCUCCUCUUCUUCACCCUCUACUUCAUGGCUGCUGCGGAGCUCCUGGGGCGGCACUACGUCCUGGAGGGGCGGAGACUCUCCCCUCAGCUCUACGCCGUCUCCCCGGCCACCGAGUGCUGCACGCCGGCCAUGCUCUUCCCCGGGAACGCCUCGCUGAGGGUGGCCGAGUAUCUGGACGGCUCGUUCUGUGUGAAGGGGAACGCCAAAGACAUGGUUCUGUAUCAGAUGGCGAGGACGAUCCCGGGGGAAACGUCUCACAGCGUGGAGCCCAACCUCGUCACCCACAUCGGGGCCUUCUCCUCGGUCAGGCCCAACCCAUCCAGGCCCAAACUCCUCUGACAGAACCAGGAGGUGGUUUAUUAGAUCCGAUUCCUACUUGGUUCUACUCCUCCUUCCUGCCACGCCCCCUUCUGGACCCCUCCCACAUUGUGAGUAGAAGAUUUGGGGAUUUUCAGGGAAAAAGUUCUCAAGUCAUCAGGAAGAAAGCUGGACUAAGUUUGGUGGAAACUUGUUCUUCUGUUUGUCUUCAGAGAGCGGGUCGCUGUGGUCGUCGGUGUCACCAUGUGCCUUUUCAAAUAUUGUUAUAAAUAUAGAAAUCCAUUCGGUAGAAGCUUCUUUCAUCAGAGUUUAUAGCACAACAAGAGGAGACUGUAGCAGAGGAUGGUGUCAAAACUAAAAGACAGAGCACAUAUAUAUAUUUAUACGACUCGACGGAAGGUAACGUGACAUCAUGAGUGAGACAAUCUGCAAACUGAUGAUGUAGAGGUUCAACGUCUCAUCCGUCCCAGGGCCUCAGUGAAGCUGCAGCAGCCUCAUCACACAAAGCUCAUCAACACGGAGCGGGUUCAACUAUGGAAAUAGGUUUUUGAAUUUGGUUUUCAACUCAAUCGGGACAUGAAAUACUUUGGCUGAUCCGUGUGUUCAGGUUUGGACCCGACAUCAUAUCAUCAUGCUGGAGAACUUCUUUCAUAUCUGGGACAUUCCUGAUUUCUAUUCAUCGGAAGUGAUUUGUUUGUUUACAUUUAAGCCGUUUCAUAAUUGAUGGAUCUUGACUUCGGACGGAUUCAGUCGACUGGUGUCUAUGUGCAGUUUGGUGCAGACACGUAAAAACACAUAUGCAGCUCAUUUGAACAUGAGCCUUGAUUUCUUUAUAUGAAACUAUUUUAAAACCCUUCCGAUGCUGCCUUAAACAUUCAUCAUCCACUUUCAAAAGUUACAGAUUUUUCAGUUAUCAAUGUGUCAGAUGGAUACGAUGAAAUUGGCAAGAUUGUUGAGACUUCUCCCCCGUUCUACCCCAGAUCUCGUUAAAACUCAGCUACGGGUUUGAAAGCAUUUGACUCAAUCUCUUCCUUCCAGUUGAUCUUUGGUUGGAAACGUUCCAGUGUAACAAACUAAUCAGGAGUUUAAAAACCAGGAAGCGUUCAGACGUCUUCGUCUUCUCGGCUUUCAAAGCAUUUAAAUCACAUCCAAGUGACAUCUGUCUCGGCUGCGUCAGUUUAGGAAACAGGAAGUUGUAGUGUUGUUGAGAACCAGUUAACUUUAUUGGACGCUGAAUCACUGAGAAAGAAUGAGGGUGUGAACAUGGGUUUCUGAUUGUGGCCUUUUGUAUUUUAUAGUCCUGUCUUUGUACAGAGGUUUGAGAUAGUACGCAGGCGCAGGGUUUCAGCGGCCAUCUUUCUCCAUUUGGAAAUGUCAUGCCUAAUGUUACAACAUUUGUUGAGCAGCCUAACCUGUGUUUGUUUCUUUGCCCUUUU